CCCUCGUUUUCGUUGCAAAACGUUUUGCGUUGGGAGUAAACGCUUUCUGUUGCAAAACCAAACAUUUCGCAAAAGAAUCGGCGUAAAUGAAUACACCCAUGCUCUUGCAGUAGCUAGCAGACUGCAGUCAGUGGAAUCAGGCUUUGUACACGUUAUAGCGCCGAGGAGCGGACAAAUUACUUUUCUUACUCUCUUUCGCCGUUACUGAGGACUUCAUAAAGUCUCACUGUGUUGUAUAACGUUAUUACAGCGGUGACUUUUCGUAUUAUCCCUUUCUUUUUGGCUGUGGAGAACGUGUUAAAAAUACAGCUAGUUUUCACAAUGGCGACAGCAGCAGUAUCUGCCAGUGCUGGCAGCGGCCCCAACCCCGGAUCUGGCGCUGAGUUAGUCCGAGGACAGGCCUUCGAUGUCGGCCCUCGCUACCACAAUCUCUCCUAUAUUGGCGAGGGCGCCUAUGGAAUGGUGUGCUCUGCAUAUUGCCGUGACAACAAGGUCCGCGUUGCGAUUAAGAAGAUCAGUCCGUUUGAACACCAGACAUACUGCCAGAGGACUCUGAGAGAGAUUAAGAUCCUGCUGCGCUUCAAACAUGAGAACAUCAUCAGCAUCAACGACAUCAUCCGCAUGCCCUCCAUCCACCAGAUGAAGGACGUCUACAUCGUGCAGGACCUGAUGGAGACAGAUCUGUAUAAGCUGCUGAAGACCCAGCACCUGAGCAACGAUCACAUCUGUUACUUCCUGUACCAGAUCCUGAGAGGCCUGAAGUACAUCCACUCAGCUAACGUCCUGCACCGCGACCUCAAACCCUCCAACCUGCUGCUCAAUACCACCUGUGAUCUAAAGAUCUGUGACUUUGGUCUUGCACGUGUGGCUGACCCGGACCAUGACCACACGGGCUUCCUGACAGAGUACGUUGCGACUCGUUGGUACCGUGCGCCUGAGAUCAUGCUCAACUCAAAGGGUUACACCAAGUCUAUUGAUAUCUGGUCUGUGGGCUGCAUCCUGGCUGAAAUGCUCUCCAAUAGACCCAUCUUCCCCGGGAAGCACUACCUGGACCAGCUCAACCACAUACUGGGUAUCCUAGGGUCUCCUUCACAGGAGGAUCUGAACUGCAUCAUUAACAUCAAGGCCAGGAACUACCUGCUGUCUCUCCCGCUGCGCUGCAAGGUCCCCUGGAACCGCCUCUUCCCCAACGCUGACCCCAAAGCUCUGGACCUGCUGGACAAGAUGUUGACCUUUAACCCCCACAAGAGAAUCGAGGUAGAGGAGGCUCUGGCUCACCCUUACCUGGAGCAGUACUAUGAUCCUACAGAUGAGCCUGUAGCCGAGGCUCCUUUCAAGUUUGACAUGGAGCUGGAUGAUCUCCCCAAAGAGACCCUGAAGGAGCUGAUCUUUGAAGAGACGGCUCGUUUCAACACAGUCUGCAGGUCCUAACCUAUAGAACCAGAUCAGACUCUGGACUCUCCUCGUUGUGUGCUCUGGUUCCUCCUGUCUUCAGCCUGUAUACUCCCCCCCUGUUAGACCACCAUGCUCAGGAACGGGUUUCAGGAAUCAAUCUGUCCUUUCUCCCUCUAUCCCUCCCCUCUCUCCCUACGGGGUGAGGAGGGUCACAUGUUGGCUUAUUGUUUAUUAUCCCCCCACCCACUCCUCACUGCCUACGGGGGACUAUUGGAAAGCACUAUAUUGGGAAUAGGGCUCUGGGCUAUAGUAGUGCACUAUAUAGGUAACAUGACUCUAGUCUAUAGUAGGACACUAUAUAGGGAAUAGGGCCCUGGUCUAAAGUAGUGCACUAUAUAGGGAAU